AUGGGUGUCCUUCAAGGCGGUAUUCUCACUGUAACCGGUGCAGCCUCUGGUAUGGGCCGUGAGGUUGCAUUGGCCUUUGCACGAGAAGGAGCACGCGGCUUGGUCAUAGGAGAUCUGGCACAGGAGGGACUUGCGGAAACAAAAAAAAUGGUGACGGAGAAGUGGCCCGCGGUUGAGGUCGUUGCAUCAAGCCUCGACGUUUCUGACGAGGCCAGCGUCAAAGCCUUUGUCGAUUUAGCGGUCUCCAAGUUUGGCAGCAUUGAUUACUCAGUCCAUGCUGCCGGUGUCGCACCACAGAUGCUUACUGUCAUGGAUUCUCAGAGUGAUGCUCUACAGAAAUGCAUCGCGGUGAAUUAUAAGGGUGUUUUCCUUUGCUGCCGUGCCAUUAUUGCGCAGAUGCUCAAACAAUCACCAAUGCAAGGCCUCCAGGUCUGUGGGAGCAUUAUCAACAUUACAUCGCUUGCAGGGCACGGCGGGGCUUUCCAAAAUCUCCCAUCCUAUACUGGGUCGAAGGCGGCGCCUGAGGCUUUGACACGAGUGCUCGCCCAAGACUUUGGACCCGAAAAAAUCCGUGUCAAUUCGAUAGCACCAGGUUUUACCUUGACCCCGAUGUUAAAGAAACAUGCGAAACUAGAAGAUAUGGAAUACGUGGCGAACGUUACUCCCAUGCGGAGGCUAGCCAACCCGGAGGAUAUUGCCAACGCUUGUGUGCUGAUGUCUUCGUCCUUGGCCGGCUUCAUCACCGGACAGUCGUUGGCAGUCGAUGGAGGGCUAUCACUGGAACAUUACUGUUAG